UGAUUCUAGGUUUUAUUUGACAUUUGACACAUGUGACGACAUUGACCUUUUAAAAUUUAAUAAGUGUUUAUUGCUGUUCCUCACAGGAAUUUACGUUUUUUAAAAAUGUUUAUUUAUAUUUAUAUCAAUAAACUCUUUCACAGUGUAAAAAAACUAAAUGGGCCUCUCUGGAUAUUGCAGUCACGUUUAUUUUGAUUACAAAGGGUAGCUGACAAGGCCCAAGAAAAAUGAUAACAGCGGGCUUGGAUAGCUUGCAUAUUUUUUUAGAUAAUAACAGAGAUAAUAAUGGUACGAGAAAUAAUGCUCAAAAUGCAUCUGUAGAUAAUCAAUUGAUAGCACAGAAUUGCUUUAUUAGACAACUGGAGGAUGGCAAUUAUGAAUUAGUUUUUUACAAUACACAGGACUCCCAAAAUGGUAAUGAAUGUGUUGGAAUUGAUGAGUUAAAUAAAGAUGUAAGCUGUGAGAAAUUAGUUGAAAAAACAAAUGACAAAGUAGGGCCAAAAGGAGUUAAAGUUUCUGUAAUUCAAACUAACAAAAUUGAAACAAAACCUACGGAACAUGUAAAAACACCAACUAACAAAUUACUGGGUUCUAUAAAACUAGAAAAACCUUCUAUUAACACCACUAUCUAUUCAUGUAUUAAAUGCAAAGACCAAUUUAAUAGUCUGACUUUAUUUCGUACCCACUUGAAAUUGCAUAAGACAGAGAAAAAGUUCAGCUGCACAAAAUGUCUCACAGGGUUUAAUAUAGAGAAUAAUUUAAAAGUUCACAUGACUAUUUACCAUACUGGACACACAGAUGUAUGUCCUAUUUGUAAAAUUAAGUUUCAGAGGAAAGCUAGUUUGAAAUCACAUGUUAUAGUGCAUCAAGUUGAAGAGUUGAUGUCCUGUGAUGAAUGUCAAGCCGAAUUUCAGAAUGAAGAUGAACUUUUAAAACAUAUGGAAGUUCAUGCAGUAACAAAAAUGGUUAAAAAUGAAAAUGAUUCAUUGGUUUGUCCAUAUUGCAAGCUAGAUUUUCUGACAUUAGCUGAUUACAAGCAGCAUAUUGAGAAACAUGUUGAAGUUAAAAGAAAUGUUCUUAAGGGAAAGAAACCUAAAAGAAAAAAAGGUAGAGAAAGAAUUACUAGUCAUAAAUGUAAAUAUUGUGGUAAAAUGUUUUCAAAAGGAUGUUUGUUAGAAAGGCAUGAAAGAAUUCAUACAGGAGAGAAGCCUUAUGUUUGUAAAAUAUGUAACAGAGCAUUUGCCCAAAAUGGGACAUUACUAAUUCACUUAGGAAGCCAUACAGGUUACAAACCUUAUUCCUGUUCACUGUGUCCAGCAAAAUUUACCCAAAAAGGCAAUCUUAGAGCUCAUAUUGAUAAAACCCAUACAGCACCCCAAGGAAACCAAAAAACAUAUAAAUGCACUCAGUGUGCUUGUAUUUUCAAGAAAAUUGCCACUUUAAAUGGUCAUAUCACCAAAGUGCACUUAACAACAAAAUAUCAAGAAAACAAUGCUGAAUCUGAUGAUGCAGUAGAUCAAGCUUUGGAUGGAUUGAAAAAGCUUAAUGAAGCUUUGAACAAGCUAAAAGAUUCAGUAAAAACUGAUAUUAAGUUGUCAGUCGACAGCAGUAAUGGUGUGCCAGGUAGUAGUUUAGUUAAAUUAGCAGAAUCAGAAGCCAAUGGUGACAUCAGAAGGUACCUAGUUAGACAGAAAAAGAUAGGAGAUGUCAGAUGGUACUUCUGUGACUAUUGUACGAGUAGAUUUAAAAAACCAUCAGAUUUGAUCAGGCAUAUACGUACCCAUACUUUAGAAAAACCAUUUAAGUGUACAAAAUGCAAUCAGUCUUUUGCUUUGAAGUCCACACUGAUGAAUCACCAUAAAACUCACAUCAGCGCAUGCUGUGAAUGCAAUUACUGUGAUAGUAGAUUUAGAAGCGACAAAAAUUUAGAAGCACAUCUCAAGAGGCAUGAAAGGUCAGCAAGAAUGCCCAGUUUUUACUGUACUUUAUGUGACAAAGUAUUUUGCUCAUUGGAAGAAGCCAAUAAACAUCGUUCAGUGCAUGAAAUUGAGAAUCAAAAUACACUUAAUAUUAUACAGCCAAUAGAAAAAGAACCGUUAUAUCAAACAGUUUAUGGCUCAUUGCCAUUAAAACCACCAAAAUCUAGAUUAUCUAACACUGGAAAUGAGUGUCCAUCUGAGAGACCUCAUCAUUGUAAAAUUUGCGAUGCAAGAUUUAAGAGACUGAGGGGUUUAAAAAGACACGUCAUGUAUCAUACAGGUGAAAGAAAAUUUAAAUGUAUUAUAUGUCCAAAGGCGUUCAUAACUAAAUAUCGGUUAAAAGAACACAUGAAUUAUCACAAAAAUAUUAGAAACUAUUGUUGUCUAACUUGCGGCAAAAAAUUUGUUACAGCUUCAUUAUUGAAAAGACAUACUAUAGUUCAUAACACAUUAAAACCAUAUUUGUGUCCAUAUUGUAGUAAGUGUUUUAAAACUUUGUUACUAACAAGGACUCAUAUUAGAAAUGUGCAUAAGUUGAAUUUACUUGGGAAAGAUGUAAAUACAGCCGGUAGUAGUGGUGCUUCAAAUGAAUCAUCCAAGAUUUCAAUGGUUUUGAAUAUAGAACCUCAGCCAGCUUUGCCUGAACCAACUCCAACUUAUGAAAUGGUUUAUUUAAACUUUGGCGAUGUUGAAUUAACUAAUCAGGAUCCAAAUACUAUCGGCAACGUUCCACUGAACACUCUAAAAAUACCGAACGAACCACUUUUACCUGACCAUAUUCAAGCAAGUCCUGCCUUAUAUAAUGUAGAGGUCGAUAAACCAGAAAUGAUUGAUUCAACUGAUAUAGUUAAAUAUUGUUACGGUCAUGGAAAACUGGCAACACCAUUUAGUGAAUUAAACCUGUUCUCUGCCGUCGAUCUUAGCAGCGCUCCCGUUAAUUUAGGACAAAAAGAAGGGAUGGAUAUAUUAACUGCGCAAGUGUUGUGCGUGAACUGUCACAAAAUGUUUUCUGAUAUGGCGGUGUUCCAAAGUCACGCAUGUUCAACUACUGCAGAGAGUAUUAAUGUUCAGACGGCCAAAAAAAAUUUAGUAAAGGAAGAAACCGAAUUAAAGGAAACCAAACUCAAACAGAAUUCUUGUAGUUUGUGUCCUUACGUCACGAACAGCGAGGAAAAAUUACGCAGACACUUGAGUUUUAACCAUACAGACACUGUAGAUAAAGUUUGCAAAUUCUGUUAUAAGGAUUUUAAGAAACCAUCAGAUUUGGCACGUCAUUUGAGAACGCAUACUGGGGAACGCCCUUAUGAAUGUACACAAUGCAAAAAGAAAUUUUCAUUAAAAUCGACUUUAGAAUCCCAUAGCCGAACGCAUGACAGUAGCAGUCAAAAAACCGUUGUUUGUGACGUUUGCAACGCCAAUUUGACCACCAAAUCUAGCUUAAAAGUCCAUAUGUUACUUCAUACAGGAGAGAGACCGUACGCUUGUAAUUUCUGUGACCAGACGUUUCGAACGUCGGCAAUUCGACGUGCUCAUGAAAAAAAUAUUCAUGUGAAUGGAGUAAAACAUACGCAACAGCCCCCAAAGGGUUUCAAACUUAUGAAAUAUGUGGCAGAAGAGUUAGUAGAGGAUCUACAGCGUCAAGAACAGCCAAAAAUCCAAGAACAAAUAAUUUUGGCACCAAACCAAGAACCUCUUUCUUUAGAUUCAGUCAAUUUUCUUCAAAAUAUUCAAAAUUCUUCGAUAAUCGUUGCCGAGAACGCCAUUCCCUUCAGUUUGAGUGAUAUCGCUCUCAUAAAUUAUGGAGAGGAGCAAAAUCUAAUGGAUUUGAAAGAUUUGGAUGAAACCUUGCAAAAUGAAGAGGUGACUUGUAAAGUUCCUCAAGCAAAAUCUUCUAAAAUUGAAUGCGAUUUGUGUCACAAAUUGUACGCUUCUAAGGAUGUUCUUAGAAAGCACAAGAAGAACGUUCAUGGACAGAAUAAGAAGUUCCCCUGCAUUAAAUGUGAUAAAGGUUAUGAUGACUCAGAAGAACUUAAUAAGCACAUCAUCAAGGUUCAUACAGGACAUAGGCCAUAUUCUUGUCAGUAUUGUCCAAACAGUUUUGGAGAAUCAAAUAGUUUGAAGACUCACAUAAAGAGAAUCCACCAAAAAUCUCUGCUAACUCAAGAGACAAACAGUGCUCUUAUAGGCCUACAAUUUGAUUUGCCAUUAGAGAAUUCUUUGAACAUUUAAUUUAAACUACUUAUAGCUGUUACGUUUUUUUGAUCUUAAAGAUUUACAUAUUGUAUUCUAAUUUUGUAUAAUAUUUCUUAAAAUAUAUCUAUAUUUCUU